UGUAUAUAUAUUUCAUGCAACAAAAUUGUCAAGAAUUUGGAAUGGUUGGUGAACUAUUGUUUGUGCGAAUGCAUACUAUAAUUGUUGUGUUGGCCCUAGAUACGGAAUAAACAGUUGACUGAGUUCUAAGUUUUGUUUGGAGAAAUCAGGGUUGCGUUGAUUAGGAUUUCACAGCAUACUGUCUAUGAGAUAAAAGAGGUAAUUUGAGACAACAGAUAACUCAAUUAUGGCAGAGGAGAAGAAGAAUGAAACCCCUGCAAAAGAAAAAGGUGCUAUUGAAGAUAGUGCCUUUGAGGCACUGGAGAGAGAUUUCCAAGAUACCUUGGGUGAGUUGAUGGGUGAUCGUAGCCUGGAGAAGUUUCGUACAGAAUAUGAAAAGUUACACCGUGCUCUGAAAAAGUCGCAUGAAAGUGAAAAGAGGCUGAUGCAAAAAUGCAGGGAAUUGAAUGCAGAGAUUGUUGCAAAUUCGGCUAAAGUGUCCACAGCACUGAAGCUAUCCCAAGAAGAUCAGACAACAAUAUCAUCUCUAAAAAAGGAAAUUGAGAAGGCAUGGAAGAUGGUGGAUGCUUCGCAGGAGAAAGAACAGAGAGCUCGGGAAACUAUCCAGUCACUGAAGUUAGAAAUCACCAAUCUUAGUAAAUUAGUAGAGCAGGGAGCAGGCCUCACUAUGGGACAGGAACAUAGUGUGAAUGAAUUACUGAAAGCAAAAGAAGAGCUGACAAAGGAACGAGACGACCAACUUGCAGAGAUUGUAAAGCUGAGAGAGCAAUUGACAGAAGCUUCUCAAAAACAACAGAAGGCUGAAGAGGACAAGGCUGAUGCUGAAAGCAAAAUAUCAGAGUUAACGCAAGACAUCCAAGUGCGCAGUAACGAAGCGCAGCGUGAGAUGCGUCGCAAAGAAAAGCUGGACCGCGAGUUUAAAUCUGCCAAAUCAGACCUUGAAGCGAAAGCCAGCGAGAUCAAGACCCUGCAACAGCAAGUGGAGCGCUACAAGGGAGACAUGGCAAAACUGGAAACUCAAUCCAAAGAACAAAAGAUAUUGUAUGAAAGAACUGUAAGAGACACAGAUAUUUUGAACACACGUUUUACACGCCUCCAGCAAGAUUGUGAAACGCAGUUAAUCAGCAAUGACAUUCUAACACAAGAGAAUCAACAAAGGGUCGUAGAAUUGAAGUCAAAAGAAGAUGAGAUAAGUACCUUAAAGAAUGACACAGUGCGCUUGAGCAAGAUGCGAGAAGCUAUUCAGCGUAAGCUACGAACUGUAGAGGACAAUAAAGCUGAGGUUGAGCAGCAAAAGGAAACUCUCAAAUCGCAAAUUGUUGCUCUAGAGCGAGAGAUUGAAACAAGUAAAAAACAAUCUGAAAUGGAUCGCAAAGCCAUCGAUGAUCUUAUCCGUGAACGUGACAUCCUAAAUAAGAACCUUCUAAAAGCUGCUGGUGCCACACAGAAGCAACUGAAUCUGGUGAAACUGCAUGAACAUUCCAAGAAGAACUUGGAACAAGAGAUCCAGAACUACAAAGAUGAGGCACAAAAACAAAGGAAGAUUAUUUACCAGCUGGAGAAAGAGAGAGAUCGCUACAUCAAUGAAGCCAGUGAUCUGACACAGAAGGUUCUCCAGCAUAUGGAAGAUGUCAAGGUUCGUGAGAUGCAGAUUUUUGACUACAAAAAGAAGAUUGCUGAGGCAGAGACAAAGUUGAAGCAGCAGCAGAACUUGUACGAAGCCGUCCGCAGCGACCGCAACCUCUACAGUAAGAACUUGAUUGAGUCUCAAGAUGAGAUAACGGAGAUGAAGAGGAAGUUGAAGAUCAUGAACCAUCAGAUUGAUCAGUUGAAAGAGGAAAUCACUGCCAAAGAAGCAGCUCUAGUCAAAGAACAUCUGGAUCAUCAAAGGGUUGAAAAACAGAAGGAAGCUCUGAAGGCUGAGCUGCAACGAAUGAAACAGCAAGCAGCAGAGAGCAGAGCAUACAUCGAGGCUCAGGAAGCUGAAGAACGUAAACUGCUUAAGAUCAUAUCUGAAGCAGAUGCUGAAAGACUGCGACAGAAGAAAGAACUUGAUCAGGUUAUCAGUGAACGUGAUAUCCUUGGAACUCAGCUUGUGCGUCGUAAUGAUGAGUUGGCUUUGUUGUACGAGAAGAUUAAGAUUCAACAAUCAACGCUGAACAAAGGAGAGAUCCAAUAUCGCCAACGUCUGGAGGAUAUCAGACUCCUAAAACUGGAGAUAAAGAAGCUACGCCGAGAGAAGAACAUACUGAAUAAGAGUGUGGCCAAUGUUGAUGACUUAAGACGUGAAGUGUACCACCUUCAGCGAGAACUGCUUCGUGAGCGUACUCGAUGCAAAGCUCUCGAGGAGGAACUUGAGAACCCAAUGAACAUCCACCGAUGGCGCAAGUUGGAGGGAAGUGAUCCCAGUACGUAUGAAAUGAUCCAGAAAAUCCAAACACUACAGAGGAGGCUGAUUCAGAAGACAGAAGAAGUCGUUGAGAAAGAACUCCUCAUCCAGGAGAAAGAAAAGCUGUAUGUUGAAUUGAAACAUAUUCUUGCACGACAACCAGGACCAGAAGUAGCAGAGCAGUUACAGAUUUACCAACAAACUUUGAAAGAGAAGACCAAGCAAUUAAAAGGCAUGGCGUCCGAGUUGAACAUGUACGAAUCCCAAGUCAGUGAAUAUAAAUACGAGAUUGAGAGAUUAGCACGAGAGCUUCAAGAUGUCAAGAAGAAGUAUUACAUGCAGAAACGCAAAGAACAACAAGCCAAGGAACGUGAUCGAGUCUUAGCACAAGGCAGCGCUCCUUCCAUUCAACCACAGAGGUCUGAUGGGCCAAGGUUCACAGGUGGAGGUUUUAACUUAAAGCCACCAGCACAAGUCAAAGCUUCCUGAAUAUAUACCAAUUAUAUGCUUAGUAAUGAGUUAAUAAUAGACACCUUGUCAUUUAUAUCAGCAAUGAUAAUACAAAUAUAUAUUGUAAUAUUUCCAAAUAGUUAUUCCAUGCUGACAUAUACUUUACCUUGUUCACGUUUUAAAUAUGAAAAUAACAUUUCUGUUUGAAUAAAAUUAUUCCACUGAUUAUAA